AUGAAACUGAGAGAAACAGUUUAUGAUUUGACCAGACGACAUCCUUUGCUACUCUCUUGGGUAUUUGCUUUCAAUGUCAUCCCUGUCACCAUUUUCAUGAUCAUAAUACUGUUCUGUACCAUACUGAACUUCGGAACAGCUCUGCUCAUAGAAAUGGCUGCCAUGAUCAUCUGUUUAUCCUGGCUAGUACCCUGCAUGAUCUGCUGUUCAGUCUCUGCCGGACUCUCAUACUGGAUCUACAUGAAGAUCUUCGACUUUUACGGUAUUUCCCCUGAUCAGUUUCUAUUCGAUAGAAGAAGAGUUUCAGCUUUGUGCCAACAUAUGCGACGCGAUGAUUAUGACACGAAUCUCUAUAUCAUAAACAGUAAUGACAAUCAAUUGCCAGUUGACAGUUUAACAUUCCAUGAGAAAACUAAACAACUUUAA